GACGUUUCACUUCGGACCGUUAUACUGGAAAAUACUGAGAUUAAAUUCACGGACAAGGGACGAAUCAUGGUUAGUCUUGGUUAACUUUACUAAGUUAAGGAGCACGUAGACACUAGAGGUUCACGUUCACCGUUUACUGGACUCACUGCAGAUGAUGACGUGACCUGACAGUGACCUGACAGUGACCUGACAGUGACCUGACAGUGACCUGACAGUGACCCCGGUCAUGGAGGACCUGUGGAGUCUGGUGGUCAGUGUGUUCCAGGUCUGGAUGUUGGUGGUGGUCUGCUUCAUCAUGCUGCCCGCCAUGUUCGGUCUCUCUCUGGGAGUCACAGGAGUCUACAUCCAGAUCCUGGUCAAAAUCCUGGAGUGGGCAACGGUUCGAAUCCAGAGAGGACGUCAGGAGCAGCCCAGCGUUCCCGUCCCCCUCCCCAAAGGCAUCAUUGAGCGGGGGGGCGGCUCCAUGGAGGAGGAGAUGAUGGAGGUACAGCGCCGCUCUGGAGGCGACACAGUGUUGGGGGCGGAGUUUUCUCUCAGCGACGCCCUCUAUUUCUACAAGAUGGGUUUGGAGAGCAUCGUGGACGACCAGGUGACGCAGCGGUUCUCCUCCGAGGAGCUAGCCUCCUGGAACCUCCUGACACGCACCAACCAAAACUUCCGUUACAUUAGCCUGCGGCUAACCGUCGUCUGGGGCAUCGGCGUUUUUGUCCGAUACAGCGUCCUGUUCCCCCUCAGGAUCGCGAUGGCCAUCGUCGGCCUCUCCUGGCUCGUCAUCGGAACAACACUGGUUGGAUUUCUACCCGACAGCAGUGUGAAGACGUGGCUCAGUGAACUCGUCCACCUGACCUGCUACAGGAUCUGUGCCAGAGGUUUGUCCGCCACCAUCCACUACCACCACAGGUGAUGACAUCACACACGAACACAUGACAUCACACACGGACACAUGACAUC